AAUUCUCUCUUUCUCUCUCUACACUCAACGUCUUUGUUUCUCUCCCUUCUUUGAUCUAAUUUGCCAAAUUAUUUUUCAUUUUAUUUUUUAUUAAAAGAGACACCUUGUUUGCUUUUGCGCAAUUGCACUUACUUAACCCUAUUUCAGACAGAAAAAAUUAGUGCUUUGUCAUUGUCACAGUUGGAAGACAAAGGCUUCAGUUUCACAUCUCACUUCUAAAUUGGGUUGAUUCUCUUCUCUUCUUUUACCCAUUUUUUUCUCCUCAUCUUUUUUUCUAACUAAAGGGUGUUUUUUUUGGAUUUUAUUGUAUUAAAGCUGGUUUUUUUUCUCAUAAAUUUCAAAAAUUUCAGCUGAAAUUCAUCUGGGUUUUUUAUUUUCUGAAAUGGGUUGUCAUUUUUUUGCCACCCUUUUAAAACCAUGAUGUUUUUUCAUCUGGGUUUUCAAUUUUAGUCCUUUCUUUAUCAAAAAAAAAAGAUUGUUUUUUUGAGGGAAAUUUAAGCUGAAUUUGGUUGAAAAUGGAGAUAGAAUUAGCCAACAAAGUUGCAGUAGAAAGUGGGCAUAGAGUUUUAGCUCUUCUUAGUGAAAAACAAGAAAUUGAAGGAAAAGUUUUAAUGUCACAAACUAGUGAUGCAGUUAGCAACUUCAAUAGAGUAGUUUCUCUUGUUGGGCAAAAGGGUUUUGGUCAUGCUAAAAUCAGAAGAUUCAAGAAUUUACCUUCAUCUUUGCCAGAAAACAUUUUCUUAGAAACCCCACAUUUACUUCCUGAAUCUCCAGUAAAACCCAUUAAUUUACUCCCUGCUUCAGGAAAUUUCAAAAACCCUGUUUCAGAAUUUGACCAAAAAGUUCAGAAUUUACCCCCAAUUGCUCAGAAAUUGUUUGCUGAAAAGCCUUCAAUUGAUUUUACUCUAUCAGUGAAACCUCCUGGCCAAAAUUCUACCCCUCAAAAUUUAUCCCAAAAUCUGCAGUUUUUACAGCAGCAGCAGUUACAGCAGCAGCAGCAGAAGUUUCAGCAGCAGAUGUUGCAGAGAGUGCAAAUUCAACAGCAUAUGAUGUACAAAAAUGAAAUGGCAAACAACAACAACAACAAUUCAUCUAUUAGUGGUGGAAGUGGGAUUAAUUUGAAGUUUGAUCGGUCGAAUACUUGUACACAAACCAUGUCAUCUAAUAGGUCCUUUGUUUCUUCAUUGAGUUUGGAUGGGAGUGUACCUAGUAUAGGCCGGAACUCGUUCCAAUUGUUUGGAUUGCCUCAAUCGUCUGAUCCGAAUUCGCAGCUUCUUAGGAGGAGGUGUCUUGUUAAGGGUGGUGAAGGUGGGAGUGCAAAAUGUGGGAGUGGCUCCAAAUGCCAUUGCUCCAAGAAAAGGAAAUUGAGGGUUAAGAGGUCCAUUAAGGUGCCUGCAAUAAGUAACAAGAAUGCUGAUAUUCCUCAUGAUGAAUACUCAUGGAGAAAGUAUGGGCAGAAGCCAAUUAAGGGGUCACCACAUCCAAGGGGAUACUAUAAGUGCAGCAGUGUAAGAGGCUGCCCGGCAAGGAAACAUGUAGAGAGGUGCUUAGAGGAGCCAACAAUGCUGAUAGUCACAUAUGAGGGCGAGCAUAACCAUGCCAAGUUUAUAGCAUCUCAUUCUUCGCAGACUUGACAGCAUCAGUUGAACUUGUGGACUAUGAUUCAGAAUUCUCAGCGUAGAUACAGCACAGCCAUACCAAUUUGUGUUCUGUGCUCAACAAUGCUGAUAGUCACAUAUGAGGGCGAGCAUAACCAUGCCAAGUUUAUAGCAUCUCAUUCUUCGCAGACUUGACAGCAUCAGUUGAACUUGUGGACUAUGAUUCAGAAUUCUCAGCGUAGAUACAGCACAGCCAUACCAAUUUGUGUUCUGUGCUUCUGCUUUGCCAUUGUAUAUAUUAGUAUUAAUAUCGUUGAAAACUCUAUAGCCUGAAACUGUUUAAUUACUAGAUGUCUAGUUGAGCUUUUUAGUUCUGGUUUGUAAGGUUCGAGCCACAGACCACCGAGCUAAAACAGGAAGGCCCUUUAUAAUUAAAAGGUUACAAAUUGGAUUUCAUGGAAAUCUUUACUCUCUUCUUCA